AUGAAUAGUUUAAAUGUAACAAGUACAGUUGAAUCGUCAACAGUUUAUUUUCAUCGUUCAUUAAAACGUUUCGGUAUUGGUUAUAUGGCAAUUUUAAUUAUACUUGGAUUUAUUGGAAAUUCUAUAUCAUCCUAUGUUUUUAUUCGAAGUAAACUUAAACGUUUAAGUUGUAGUUCAUAUUUAAUAGCUUUAUCUUUAUCUGAUAAUGGUUAUCUUAUAUGUUUAAGUAUGAUCUGGUUAGAAAAUCUUCAUUUAUAUAUAUUUCAUAAUAAUGGGAUUUGUCAAAUCGCUGUUUAUCUGACAACAGUUUUCAGUUCGUUAUCUGUAUGGUUUACUGUUGCAUUUACAACUGAACGUUUUGUUGUUGUUGCAUAUCCAUUAAAACGUCCUCAAUACAAUUCAACAAGUCGUGCUCGUUAUGUUAUUCUUCUUCUAACAUUUCUAGCUAUUCUUCUCUAUUCAUCAUCAUUAUGGACAUCAGGUAUUGAAAUGGCUGAAUCUGAACGAACAACAUCUCUGUAUGAAACACGUUGUGUUACAUUACGUCAUUGGCUUAAAUUUACACGUCAAAUGAAUAUUAUAGAUUUUUUUCUAACAUUUAUUAUCCCAUUUUUUACAAUUGUUACAUUCAAUACAUUAAUUAUAUUAAAAUCUGGUCAUUAUGAUCGUUUAUUAGAACGUAAUUAUAUUCAACCAUCAACUUAUAUUUUACAUAAUUUAUUAGAACAUCGUUUACGUCGUUCAAAAUAUCAUCGACGUAUAACAAAAAUGUUAUUAAUUAUUUCAACAACAUUUUUAUUAUUAAAUACUCCAAUGCAUUUAUUAAAAAUUUAUUAUUUUUUCUUUUCAAAUGAUGAUACAUAUGAUGAGAAAAAUUCGACUGAAUCUAUUAUUGAAAUGUUAACAUUUUAUUUAUUUUAUACAAAUUUUUCAAUAAAUUUUUUUCUUUAUUCAUUAUGUGGAAAAAAUUUUCGUUCAUCAUUAAUGGAUUUAAUAAAACAUAUUGGAAAAAAUACUCAAACAACAAGUUUCUUUUCGAAUGUUGCAGAUAAUCCAUUAGGUCAAUAUUAUCAACGUACACAUCAUUUUCAUCAUCAUCAACGUUUUUCCAAACGUGAACUUAGUAGUACAUUAAGUAAUGGCAAUGCAUUUAUGUCAACCUCAAAUAUAGCAGCAACAAUGGCUACUGGUAUUAGUUCACAAACAUUACAUCCAUCAUCAUCAGCAUCAUCAUUUCAAAGAAGUUCAUUAAAAAUUGAACUACAUACACCAACAGUUGUCAAAUUUUAUCCAGCAUUUACAACAAUGAAAUAA